CUGAAGUCAGAGCAUCACUGAGACAGACAGCAUCGACAGACUAUACACACAGUACCAGUUAUCAUCAUCAUCAUCAUUGAUAUAUGGAGAUAGAAGAGGACAUCUAUGUCAAUGUAGAGGAGAUCAGUGUGAAAGACUGUGAUGAUCUGGCUGCUGGUUAUGAGACUUUACACCAGAGUCCACAGACUGGAACAAGACCGAAGCAUGAGAAUCAGAACUGUCAGCCUUACAAGCUGGCUACAGUUUCUCUGGGACUGCUGUGUGUUCUCCUGCUAACCACAGUCAUAGGUCUCUCUGUGCUCUAUGACGAUGACUACAAUCAACUGUCCAAAACGCAUUAUCUCCUAACAGCCAACCACACCACAGAGAAGAAAGAGCUUCAGACUAGUUAUGAAAACCUGACUAAAGAGAAAGAACAGUUGGAGAGGGAGAGAGACCAGUUACAGAUCAGUUAUAAAAGCUUGACUGAAGAAAGAGACCAAUCACAAACUCAUUAUAUCACCAUAACUGGAGAGAGAGACCAGUUACAAAUGCAUCACAACUCAAUGAUUAGAGAGAGAGACCAGUUACAAAGGAAAAUUUCAGAGCAGGAGAAAAAGAUAUCAGAAGAACUGGGAUGCUGUCCUGACGGUUGGAGGAAAUUCAGAUCGAGCUGUUAUUACCUUUCAACAGAGAGUAAAACUUGGACUGAGAGCAGAGCAGACUGUAUAAGAGGAGGAGCAGACCUGGUGAUCAUAAACAGCAGAGAGGAACAGGUGUUUCUAAACAAACUGGGAAAAGAUGUGCACUUCUGGAUUGGUCUGACUGACUCAGAGAUGGAAGGCAUCUGGAAAUGGGUGGAUGGAACAACAUCAACAACAACGUUCUGGAGAAGAGGACAGCCAAAAUAUACCGACGGGGAGGAGGAUUGUGUGGUCUUCAACAGGUUUACUGAUCUGUCUUGGCACUGGGCAAUUAUUCAGUCAUGGAAUGACCAGCCUUGCUCAGUGAGUACUCAAUGGGUAUGUGAGAGCAGACCUAAAGUGUCAUAACAUAACAAAUCCAUCCUCAACAGGAGAAUAAUAUCUGAAUUCCCUUUUGUUAGCAAUUGUAUUAUCACAGAUUAUUGUUGAAGUGUAAUUUAAAUCUAUUACAUCAUUAGUUAUGAUUAGUAAUGAUUGUUCUUAUGAUUUGUAAUGAUUGUUGUUAUGGUUUGUAAUUAUUUUAUUUAUAUAAUAUAGAAUUGCUUUUUAAGAACCAUAGUAUUAUGAAUGUGAAACUCUAACCUGAAAGCUAAUGUAGUGAAUUGACAUGCAGGGUCAAAUCUAAUCUAAUCAUCUAACAGUGAACUGUGAACAAGGCAAGUGCCAUGCUUCAAUUUGUGUUUAUUUCUUUGUCAGAUGGGAUGAUAAUUAUAGGCUACUUACUAAUUCAUUUGAGCUCCUAGUGGAUGAUAUUAAAUACAUAUUUUGAAAGCUAACAGAACUGAAAUGUGUGAAUUGUAUUGUACAUUGCAGGCAUAAUUUCUCUGUCCAUGUGAUACAUAUUAUAAAUUAUUUUAAACCAAAGUGAAAA